AAUGUUGACAAUCCAACAACAGGCAAACAAUCAUUAUCAUUAUUACAGCUACGGCCACCACUAUCAUCAUCUUCGUCUUCUUCGUUAGCCGAACAACAACAACAAGUUUCGAAUAUAACUCCUACUGCUACGACUACUUCAACGUUCAACACUCAACAACAACAACAACGACAUUCAUCUUUGGCCUAUCCAAAUGUUCAAAGUACAAGUGGUGGUGGUGGUGGUGGUUGUGAUGAUGAUGAUGAUGAUGAUGGUGAUGAACGAAUAAUAGUGGUGGCAACAACAACUUCGGCAUCGUUAACGUCGGCAUUAUCAUUAUCAUCUACUAUAGCGAAAACAACAACAACAUUAUCUUCUUCAUCACCAGUGAUAGAAUCUUCUUCGUCACCAUUAAAUAAUCAUCAACAGCAACAACAACAACAGAAUAUUCCAUAUCAUCAUCUAUAUAAUUAUCAUCAACAAAAUCAUUCAUCAUCAUCAUCAUCAUCACCAUAUGGUAUUACAGAAGGAUUAAAACGUUUUCAAAAAAAUCCAUAUAAUAAUACUAUUGGUUCAUUUGCAAAUCCAUUAUUAUUAUUAGAUGUUGAUAUACGUAAUGGUACUGAAAGUUUACCACGUGCAUUUCAACCACCAUAUUCAACAACGAAUAAUAAAAAAUCAUCAACAUUAAAACAAAGUAUUUAUCAACGAUCAUUAUCAAUAUUUACGAAUGGAGUUAGUCCAUUAUUACGGAAAAAGAAAUCAAAAUCAAAUCAACAACAACGACGUUUUCCAAAUCUAGAUUAUCAAUUUGUUGAUAAUAAUUAUCGACAAAAUCAUCAUCAUCAAUUACAACAACAGCAACUGCAUAAUACAUUAUCAACAUCAACAUUAGGUUUAUCACAAUUACGAAGAAAAUCUGAACCUAUUAUGUUUAGCUACGAUUCAAUUACAAAUGAAUUAUCAAAAUUUCAAGCUCGUGAAGAGAAAAUUGUUAAAAAUAUUAAUUUAGAUUUUGAAAAAAUGUUAAUGAAUGAUACGAAUGGUGAAUAUUGUACUGGUUCAACAUCAUCAAGUAAUAAUGCUACAGGCAUUGGUGGUAAUCAUUUUAUCGAUCAAUCAUCAUCAUUACGACGAUUAGCUCAACAACAACAACAAUUUGGUGGUAAUGUAAAAGAUGAUUUUGAUCAUUAUGGUAAAACAAUGAUAUCGGCUGCCGGUCAACAUCAAUUACAACAACAUCAUCCUCAUAGUGCAUCUACUCAUCAAUUUAUUCAACAACAAACGCCUUCACAUCAUCAACAACAACAACCACAGCUUUCAUAUAAAGAACCAUUCUAUAUGGUUUAUGAAGAUAAUCGUAAUAAACAAUUACAGCAGCAACAACAACAUCAUCAUUCAAAUUCAAUUCCAACAACAACAACAACAAAUCAUCAUCAUCAUCAAACACAUCAUAAUGAUGAUAAUAUUUAUGAAGAAAUUGAUUUUCUUACAUUAUCAUCAUUACGUGCACAAUAUGCUGAUACAUUAAGUUUACAAAGUUAUAAGAAAAAAGGCGGUAGUAAACGAUCAUUAGCAUCAUCAAGUUUUACACGUUGGUUUUCAACACGAAAGAAAAAUUCACCAUCAAUGUCGGAAGAUGAAAAUCCAUAUAUUGAUAUUAAAUUAUCAAAAAAACAACGACCACCGAUAACAUUGCCGGAAAUACCGGGUGAAUUAAGUAAAGAACAACUAAAACGUCGUUAUAUUAUUGGAUCGAUUGUAGAUUCAGAAAAUUCCUAUAUAAAUUCAUUACAACGUAUAAUAAAUUUAUAUAAAAAACCAUUAGAAGAAUCAAGCCCAUCGAUAUUAAGUCAGAAUAAGAUAAAUAUAAUAUUUCAUCGUUUAGAACAGAUUUUACAAUGUCAUACAAUAUUUGGUAUUGCCUUAAGUCAAUGUGUUCGUGAAUGGGAUGAAAAAGAACAAAUUGGUGAUGUAUUUAUUGCAUCAUUUUCUAAAUCAAUGGUAUUAGAUAUUUAUUCUGAUUUUAUAAAUAAUUUUACAAAUGCAAUGGAAACAGCACGUAAAGCAGCUAAAUCAAAAUCAGCAUUUGCACAAUUUUUACAAGAAAAAUCACUUUCUAGUCCUGAUCGUCUUAGUUUUUUUGGUUUAAUGGUUAAACCUGUACAACGAUUUCCACAAUUUAUAUUAUUAUUAAGUGAUCUACUUAAACAUACACCAUCUGAUCAUCAUGAUCGUAUGUCAUUACAAUUAGCAUUAACACAAUUAGAAUCAUUAGCCGAUCGUUUAAAUGAACGUAAACGUGAUGCUGAAAGACAUUUUGCCGUUAAACAAUUAUUAAAAGAUUAUCUAAGUAGUUCAACAACAAAUUCAUCUAAUCGAUUUCUAUUACGUCAAGAUGAUAUUUAUCAACUUGAAUUGGAUACAAGUUCAGGAUUAGUAAUGAAAACUAAAUGUAGAAAAUUAUAUCUAUUAAAUGAUAUGCUUGUUUGUGUAAGUGUACCGGCAAAUCGUCUUAAAUAUGCUGUUUCAUUACAAGAUGUUGAUGUUAUGGAUGAUGUAACACCGGCAACAAAUAAUUUGAUUGCAAAUUCAAUGCUCAAAAGUAAAGAUCCGGCGAGUGCAACUUCAUCACCAAAACAUUGUACUGUCGAAAGAAUGUAUUGUGAUCUAAAUAGUUUAAUACAUGAUCUUGAAGUUAUUAGUCGUGUAUCGAAUCUAUUAUCAUCACUACGUUAUCAAUAUCAAGGUAUAUCGGUUGAAUUGGUCGAACAGAUUGGUACGGAAAUUCGUGAAGAAAUACGAAAAAAAGAUGCACAAAUUACAUUAAUCGAUCGAUCUUGUUUACAGAUUCGAAUACGUUCAAAAAAUUAUAAAGAUAUUAUCUGUAUACAAAUGAAUGAUCCGGAAACAAAAAAAGAUUGGUUAACCGAUGUACGAUUGGCAAAAUUAGCAUUAGAUCGAUCAAAUAAUCCAGCAUGGGAUAUUGUCAAUGAAACAAUAUCAACAACAAGAACAAAUCUAUCUAAUUCGAUUAUUAUGCAUCGUGUACCGUUAUUUGUUAAAUCAUUACCAAUAUUUGCAACAACUGAACAUAGUAUGCUUACAUGUGCAUUACAUUAUCGUAUUAAUCGUCGUGAUGAUCUUGUAUUGGAAAAUAAUGCUGGUGUUUUAUGGAUUUGUAAUGUAAAUGAAAAUGGUUCACAAUUAGGUGCAUUAGCAACAAAUGGUACUGAUAUUAGUUUGAUACAUUCAUAUGAAUUAUGUGAUUCACAUGUUACCUGUAUUGAAUCGGUUGGAUCUUAUGCAGUUUGGAUUGGUCUACGACAAGGACGUAUUAUUGUGAUUGAUGCUAGUUCACCGGGUGAAUGGCAACAAUUUGCUGCAUUAGAUGUAUCAGCUGAAGUAACCUGUAUUAGAUAUUUUGGUAAUUUUGUUUAUGUUGGCCUAAUCACUGGUGUUGUUGCUUUGUUUAAUGCUACUCAUUAUGAAGAACCAAUAAUCAUAUCAUUAUCAACUACACAUCCGGUUACCUGUUUACUACCUGUCAAUAAAGAAAUGUUUGCUUGUUGUGGUGAAAAAAUCUGGAUCAUCAACAAUGCCCAAUUGGAUCGUAGUUAUUAUCUUCAUAAUAAUAAUAAAAAUAGUCCAUCAAAUGAACAAUUAUCACCAGGUGAUCCUGCUAUCAAUGUUCAACAUUUUCCUGAUGAAGAUCUUAAACCAAAUCUACUUGCACAUUGUGGUAUUGGUCUUUGGGUUAGUUUAGUGAAUUCUUCGAUUAUCAAAUUAUAUCAUACGGAAACAUUUAAACAUUUACAAGAUGUUAAUGUUGCUUCGAAUGUGAAACGAAUUCUUAAUGAAAUGAUAGAUCCGAAUGGAAUUUUCGUUACAGCUAUGUUGGCCACACGUGGCCUAUUAUGGAUCGGCACAAAUGUUGGUGUAAUUGUAACAUUAAAUUUACCUCGUCUACAAGGUGUACCGUUGAUAUCGGGUUGUUUGAAUGUUGCAUUACAUCGUCAUACUGGACCAGUCACAAUAUUGCUCAAUUUGACAAAUACUCAAAGUGAAAUUCCUGUACAUCCUAAUAAUUCAACAAUGGAUAAAACAAAAUCAAUGGAAGAAAUAGAAAAAGAAGAAAUGAUGAUGAUGAUGAAAAAUGAAGAUGUUGAAUCAAUUUAUGGACUUUAUUCAGAUUUAAUGAAUGUUGAAAAUUAUGUUCGUGUUGGUCAUGAUCAUCGACAUGAUAUUGGAAAUGUAACAAAUAGUGGUCAUCAUAUGGCUGUAUCUAAAAUGACAUGGGAUUUAGCCAAUAUUAAUCUUUCGGAUGAUUCUACAUCGGAAAGUGCAAUCUAUCAAGAUGGAUUAAUAUUACGAAAGAAACCAACAUCAACAGCUAAUCUAAUGAAUUUGAAUAAACGAAGAACAUUAGGUAGUGGUGGUAUGACAUCGGCUAGUAGUCAACGAGAAAUAAGUAAUAUUGGUAAUUAUCCAAUAUCUUCGGUACAACCGAAUAAUCAAUUAAGUCCGGCUAAAAGUCAAAAUAGUAUAUAUGAUUCAUCGAUUGGUGGUGGUGGUGGUGGUGGUAAUGAUAAAAGUUUAAUUGAAAAAGAAAAUAUUUCAUCAUCAUCGGGUAUUGGUGCAAGCAGUAGUCUUUAUGAUAUUGCACCAUUUAAAUCGGGACAGAAAAUUUCGGCAACAUCAACAAUUGAUCAACCAUGUUCAUCAUCAAGUAGUAGUAAUAAAUAUAGUAAUCAUCCAUUAGUAUCAUCUACUAAUCAACAACAACAACAACAAACAGUUAUUAGACAUUAUGAUAAUACAAUUGGAUCAUCAUCGAAUAAUAAUAAAACAGCAUUAUUAAUGACCGGAGGAAAUGGAUAUAAACGUGUAUCAUUGAAUGAGGCAACCUAUUCAAGUCAACAUGCACAUUGUUGUAUAUGGGAAUAUAAACUUUAAGAAA